AUGGAAGUAGCUAUUUGUCCACGUGCAGCAGAAGCCAGUUUUCAUGUGAACUUAAAGAAAAGUGGAAGCACUCCUUUAAAGUUUCAUCGCAAGGAACGACUUCACGUAGUUUCUAUAGCUGCUGGAAUGGUACACAGCAUGGCUCUUACAGAAGAUGGUGCAUUAUUUUAUUGGGUCUCCUCAGAUCCUGAUCUUAGAUGCCAGCAGUUAUAUGCAAUGUGUGGGAGAAAUAUGGUGAGCAUAUCAGCUGGAAAGUACUGGACUGCAGCAGCGACAGCUACAGGUGAUGUUUACAUGUGGGACGGGAAGAAAGGUAAGGAUAAGCCGCUUGUUGCAACUCGGAUGCCGGGUGUAAAGAAGGCUACUUCAGUUUCAGUUGGUGAAACACAUUUAUUAAUUGUGGCUUCCCUGUAUCAUCCUGUCUACCCUAUCGACAUGAUUGAUGAUUCUCAGAAGCUCAAGUCGAGUGACAUAAAUAAUAUGGAGGAGUUCAACGAAGACAUUUUAUUUGAGGAUACCGAUUCCCAUAAUACAAUAUAUACAGUUCAAAAUUAUAAUCUUAGACAGAGAUCUACACCCAGCUUAAAAAGUCUUUGUGAAAAAGCAGCAGCAGAGUGUCUGCUGGAGCCACGGAAUGCCAUACAAUUGCUUGAGAUUGCUGAUUCUCUUGGAGCAGAUGAUUUGAAGAAAUAUUGCGAGGACAUUGUCAUGCGCAAUCUUGAUUAUAUAUUUUCAGUUUCAGCACAUGCUGUAGCAAGUGCCUCACUAGAUAUUUUGGCGAGCCUCGAAGGGUUGUUAGACCAGAGAUCGUCCGAGGCAUGGAGUUACCGUCGACUCCCUACUCCAACUGCUACACUCCCCGUCAUCAUUGACAGUGAAGAGGAUGAUAAUGAGAUAGAGUGUCAAAAGACCUAUGACAAACCCAUGAAAAUAUCUGCACUGAAAUUGGAGAAAGCUCAAAGGUCAGGUUCCUUUCUACAGCCCAAGGAUGAUCCUGAUAGUGAAAUCUCCAAAGUAGUUCGAGCUAUAAGGAAGAAGUUGCAGCAGAUUGAGAUGCUCGAAACUAAGCAGUCUAAAGGAUAUAUUCUCGAUGACCAACAGAUGGGCAAACCACAAGACAAAACCUGCAAUACAUCCAACAUAAAAGCAACCAAGUUCAAACUCUUACAAUGCAGUAGGUGA